AUGAUCCGCCGUGACGGCGCCCUCGCGCGGGCGGCCGCCCAAGUCCGAUUCAUCCUGUUGAUGCUGCGCCUGCGGCUCACCGGUACACCUAUCGUCCGUACGGCACACAAUGUUCGUGCACACGAAACCGGUAGCCGCACGGAGACCGCGCUCUUGCGGUGGUGCGAUCGACAGACCCGAACCUGGAUCGUGCUCAACGAAUUGUCCACUGUACCAACAGGAACCGAACGGGUACUCAUUCCUCACGGCGACUACGCCGACUGGUUUGCGGGAUACCUGAAAUCUGAACCUAUUGCCGGCCGGGUCAUUUCGUUCGGAUUGAUCCGACCAUACAAAGGAAACCGAGUCGCUGCUCGAGGUCCUUCGCCCACGUCACCACUACCGGCGCAAGGCUGCGUAUCGUCGGCAGCCGAGCACCGACGAACUCCGUGCCGCCGUAGAAUCUGCGGCGCGCAAAGCAGCCGAAUCACUGCUGCCCUCGACUAUGUCGAGGACAGCACCUUGGCGCUGGAAAUCACAGCAGCGCAAUUGGUUGUCCUCCCGUAUCAAAACAUGCACAACUCGGGCGCACUGCUGCUCGCGCUUUACUCGAACGCCCCGUGCUCGUUCCGGAUACCGAAA